UCUAUAUCUAUAGCUAUACUUAAGUAGCACGUGCGUCAGCCGGACAUAUAACGACCAAUUAUUAUUCACCGUUCUGUUUACGGCGUUUUAAUUCCGUAUUGAUUUAAAUUUUGUUUUUAUAUUUGUAUCUUAGGUAAUGAACUGACGAGCACUUCAAAAGCACUUGUGACAUUUUUUUCUAAAUAACUGCACAUAACCCCGUGUAGGCACAACAUACAUACUUUUUUUAUAAAAAAUUUUUGACGGUUCUAUAAAACUUUAUAGGUUAUCCUAACAAAUGUAAAAAAGAAAAAGUUUUCUUUUGCCAAAAAUUCAAUUUAUAUUUCAAACAAUGGCAGAAGUACCAUUAAGUUUAGCUGAGAAAACGUUUAUUCUACAUGGUGUUGAUGCAAAUUUUAGAAAUGAUGGUAGGAGUCGAACAGAUUAUCGAUGCAUGGAAUUAGAAACCAAAUUGAUGGAUCAAGUUCAUGGAUCUGCUAGAUUACGUAUAGGAAAUACAGAUAUUCUAGUUGGCGUUAAAGUAGAAAUUGAUACACCAUAUCCUGAUAGUCCUAAUGAAGGAAAAAUAGAAUUUUUUGUAGAUUGCUCUGCAAAUGCAACACCAAGUUUUGAAGGAAAAGGAGGAGAAGAUUUAGCUAAUGAAAUCAGCAAUGUGCUAGCAUUGGCUUAUCAAUCUCCUCAUGCAAUGAAUUUAUCACAACUAUCUAUUCUACCCCAUAAAAAGUGCUGGAAAUUAUAUGUUGAUAUCUUGAUUCUGGAAUGUGGUGGUAACUUAUUCGAUGCAGUUGCUGUUGCAGUAAAAGCAGCACUGUAUAGUACAGAAAUUCCAAAAGUAAAAGGCGCUAUGUUAGAUGGUGGUGAGGCUGACAUUGUUUUAUCAGAUGACAUUUACGAGAGUGAAAAAUUAGAUACCACAAAUUGUCCUGUUCUUGUUACAUUAUGCAAAAUUGGUGAUAAUUGUGUAGUGGAUCCGUCAUCUGAGGAAGAAAUGUGCAGCAGUGCUAAUAUAGUUGUUUCAGUUAUGCCAAAUGGAAGAAUAUCAUCAAUUGUUAAAAUGGGAUACGGAAGUUUACAGCCUGCUACAUUAAGUAAAAUUCUGAAGAUGGGAACAAGUGUAGGCAUAGAUCUUAAUAACGGAAUCCUCUCAGCCUUGAAAAGUGAAGAUAAGCUUGGGGCAAACCGAGAAAUUGUUGGAUUUCUCAGAUAAUAAAUUUAUGAUAAAAAUAACCUUUUGUAUAAAAUAUAUUUUGUAUAUAUAUAAAAAUAUUACAUCAUUUUAAUAAUAAAUCUAACUUCUAAUCAUC